UCCAAGUCAUACAGAGUACGCCAGUUUAGCUAGUACAGUACGGAAUGUUCACCUUUAGUUUAGCGUUGUAUAUUGUUAUCGCGUCAUUGUUUUAUUAAUACUUUGACUUUAUUAUAUAUCAGGUUGACGAUCGUAUGUAGAUACGUUUUCAGUUUUAUACGUUUAAUGGGACUGAAAAGUAUCGUACAAUAACGCUUGUCAGACAGCAUGUGGGUUUAUCUAGUAGCCGGUAAAAUGUCAUCAGUUAACCGUGUCUUAAAUUAAGCCCUAUUUAUAUAUAGUAGUUAUAUAUAGCGAAGAAUAGUUUACACUUUUACCGUGCUUUCUAGAAGAACAUUACACAUCUGGGGCUGUGGCUUUUCGAUACGGUCAUCGUCAUGUUAGGACACAUAGCAAGAAGACUUGGUCACCUUCACGGCCAUCCAAUGUAUAAUGGAUUUAAUCCUAACCAGCUUCUUUCAAAAGAGACCCACCGGCACCUGCAAUCCUCAUUCCAAACCACCUCUCCUAUCUCGAUGAUGUCGUUGUGGCCGUUCUCAGCAACGUCCCGUGACUACAGUCAGCCAAACUCAUCGUGGAGUCCAGAGAUGCAGAGAAUUUAUGACCAUUAUAAUUCACUGUGUGAGAAAGAGACUGGAAAUGGUGAUAAAAAGAGAGGACCUUGGCGGAAGGUACCCAGCUACAACCGCUCCAUUAAACAUGCCACAGGGGGUGCACACCUCAGCAAACUGGUCCAGGCCAAAGCUCGACUUUUCACGAGAAGUUUUAAAGAGCACGGUGCAGGAUUUGAAUAUGUGAAGUUUAUUAAUAAGGAGGAGAAGACCUGUGUCUGUGUGUUUCAGGCAGGACAUUUACUGGAAGGGGCACCUGGUUAUGUACACGGAGGAGCCAUAGCCACUAUGAUUGACACAGUGACAGGUACACUUGCUGGCUACCUGUCAGGACCUGUUAUGACGGCCUACCUAAAUAUGGACUACCGCAGUCCAGUUUCUCUGGGCAGCGUGGUUUUAAUCCAGAGUGCUCUGGAUAGAAUAGAGGGCAGAAAAACCUUUCUCACUUGCAAAGUGACCAGCAGCGAUGGAUCCAAACUUCACACUGAAGCCACAGCUCUGUUUGUGUCGAUAAAUGUGGGUCAUUUAUUUGGAGCACGAAGCUAAAAGCAGCCCUGAAUUCACCACAGGGUUGUGUGCGUAGCUGUAUACGCACGCGCAGGUGUGUGCAGUGACCAUCUGAUUUAGCUGAUAACUUAUCUCCGCUCUGUGAAUGAGGUCUUCAGAAAUGCAGACAUCUAACAGAUAAACAGAGCACCUGCUCAUCUAUUCACUAUAACUGGCUGCCUCAUUUUAGAUGCUUAAAUUAUAUUAGUCCUGUACUUUUUUAAUAUUUACAAAUAAAGUAUUGAACAAUGUUUUUUGUAGUAUUAACACAUUAUGUUAAAAUACCUCAGUGAUAUAUAUAUUGCAUAUUGUGUUUAAAAUGUUACAUAUUUUGUUUUAAAUGAAAAAAUGUGCUUUUAAAUGACUUUAAUGUUGUGAUAUGGAUGUGACUGAGUACUAACAUAUUUAUAACUUCCUGAAUUCUUUUACAUAAAGCAUAAAAUUAA